AUGGGCAGCUCACAGUCAACCUCGCACAGACCUGACGACGUUCCAGCAACUGCACAAGCAUCACACGCAUCACUUGGAACGGCCCCAAACAAUGUGGUUGACUUAGAACAAAGGCUCUCUCCCACAGUGCGGCGCAUUGUGCGUCGAGUAGCUGGCGUAGAUACACAGCAGAGUGGUACUGAUCGGGUGCUAACAAAGAACACAUUUACGGACCUCGUAGGCCUUCCAGAUCCGCUUGUCUCUCGUCUAUACAACGGUAUCUGCACCACGCACAACACACCAACCCUAACGUAUGAAGCGCUACUUGAAGCGCUGUACGUACUAUUGGAUGAGAGUUUAUUGGCCCCGACAGACAAAGAGCAGACGGCACAAGUUUUGGAUCGAUGCGUUUGUGUUCUAUCUUAUUUGAAUCGCGGUCGUAGCGAACUGAAUGAGACGGAUCUCUCUGAAAUCCUAAGUGGUUGUGCAGCUGCAGCUGUGGCAGAGCUCCAAACUUUGAAUGGAGGGGAACUAAGAUUGCCUCAGGAGGACCUGCUACCCACAUCUCCUCGUAUCGGUCAACUUGCGCAUCAAAUCUUCCACUCUGCUGCUGGACCUGCGAAAAGCGGCGACAAGAUGAUAUCGAUAUCCCAGCUUCACACUUGGCUCAAUAAAAACGCGCCGUUUAUCUUUAAACCACUCCAAACUGUCAUCUCUCACCGCCUGCUUGCGUUCAAUUCGGGCCUCCCAAGCACGGAAACGGGAAGCAAACAUUUGCCUACGUUGCACGGGGAAAGUGAAAUCCUAUCCGAUGGCCUUGUUUGGCUGUUAUCUACAUUCUUACCAGCUUGGCAGCCGACCGCUAAGAACGAGGAGAGCGAGGCACAGAUGCAAUGGGAGGUUCUCUUUUCCGCUAGACGAGAUGGAUACAGUAUUAACCGGUUCGAGUAUCAUACGCUAAAAUAUCCAAGGCCAACCCUUCUUAUCAUAUCUGGCUCUCUUCCGUCCAAAAUAGAUGCCAAUCAACCGGCAAUUGUUGUCGGUGCCUAUAUAGACGGACCCUGGAAAAAGAGCCGCCAAUUUUGGGGAACGCCUGGAUUUCUCCUAUUCCAACUGGAACCGACAUUCCGAGUCCACCGUGCAAAGUCCGCACCUGCUGGUGACCAUUUCGCAUUCUUUUCUGCUGAGAAGGGUGUUUUGGGGUUUGGUGGCGAAGCGAAUAAUUUCAAUUUAUCUACAGACCUCCAGACAGCGACCUAUCAGCCGGUUUUGGCGAAUAAACUUGCAACGUACGAUUUUACAGGAUACGAGGGUGAUAAACUGACGUUUGAUGUGGAUGAUGUGGAGGUCAUUGGAUUGGGCGGAGAAAAGGCUAGCCAGAUUCAACGUCGUGAGUGGAAAUUUGAGGAACGAGAUGCGACCCGCCGAGCCGACGUGAACCUUCAUGAUCAAACCACCGCCAAACAAAUCCUUGCUAUGGCUGGCCCCAUCACUUUGUGA